AUGGAGUGUGAUUUUAUUUCAAACCAAGACCGAUCAUAUGACGUUAUAAACUUCAAAAUACCGAAAACGAUUUGGAAAGAAGCUUUAAACCCAACACCUGUCCUUAAAUCUCCUGUUACUAUAACUGUACCAAUACAUGUAGCUGAAGAAGAAUAUGAAAAUGAGAUUGAAGACAUAGAGAAUGAGGCAACUGAAUUAAACGUCGUAGUAGAUUCAACUUUAGUCACCGAAGCGCCAGUAGCAGAAUUACCAGUAGUGGCUGUAUCACCAGCAACAGCUAAUGUGACACAAAAACCGGUACUACAAGAUGAAAUUACACAAGAGCCGACUCAGGAAGUGGAUGGUCAAGUAACGAGGUUUCCAUGCACUUGUGCUAACGGUCAGUGUGGUUGUUGUACGGGAACUAUCCUGGAGCGAUUUAGGAUGAAAGCUUGUGGGAAUAUAUCUUUUGAACCAAAAGACUUCGUUUUUGAUGUAAGACUAACUGUUAAUAACAAUACAGUUGUUCGGAGACGAGUUUCAGCAAGUGACCCACCUCCAAUUUGCUUCAAUCCUAGAAGAGCACCAUUUGUUCGCGUUUGCGCAGAAAUCAGCAAUAUUCGCAUCCGAAAUGGAAAUGCUUUUGCUUGCUUAGACAUAAAUGCAGAUAUUGGAGGGUUUCCGGUAUACUCAGCUUCAUUCAGAUGUUUUGGCUUAGGAUCAUCUGGAUUGCAAACUGGAUUAAAACCCAAGCCUGUAUCAUCAGGUCCUAAACCAGUAAGCCUUUUUGGAAGUGGUAAUAAUAACAAUGAAGGUACUUUACUUGAUGCAGCUGGGUCGCUUAUUGGUGGAAACGGUAAUGGUAUUUUUGGAGCCCCAGGAGGCGGCAUUUUUGGUGGAGGAGACGGUCCUUUAGAUGCUAUAGGUAAUGCAGUUGGGGACUUUUUCGGUGGUAGAGAAAAUCAAUAA